UCUUUCAGCUGACCUCAAACUUUUAAAUGUUUUAAGGCCCAUGCAGUCUAUCAAAUCCAAGCAGCGGCCGUCUACAUAUGGACUGUGAAAACACAAGACUGCUGCAGCCAAAAGCCAGGAAGGACAGAGCAUCUGAAAACAAGAAACAAGACAAGAUCAUCCCUCAGGAAUCCAAUUAUAGAGGAUUACAAGGAUAAGAUGCCCACCGUAUCAGCCAUCCUGCAACACUUAAGGUGUAGAAAGAGAGCGAGCGAGGAUGGCAGCAUACGUCUGUAUUUCCCCAGAAGACAAACAGGACGUCUCCGACCACUGAAACAGAAUUGCAUCAGAAACCGAGUCUAUACAGUGACUCUAACACCUAGACCGUGUUCCUGUGUGACAAGUUCUCCUCAAGACUUGAGACUGGAGGUCAGAGAGCUUGUACCCUGGCCGUCUCCCCCAGGGUCCUUCCAACAAGGUGGGAAGGGGGGUCAGCCGAAGCGAUCACAUGGAGGGCAGGCCUCUCUCGCCCCUCUUGCUGGCUGUACUGUUUCUGGCAACAAGUGCGAGCGAUGAUGACCACUCACUGCACACGCAUCAGGUCAGUACGGCACAGUGUGGAGAAUACAGCAAUCAGGUCCUGGAGGACGGCAUGUGUCGACUCAUGGCCACACUACCCCAGCUGGACGACCAGCGCUGCCCGGACAUGUUCCGCUGUACGGAUGAGGUGUCAUACUGGCUUCAUGAGAACGAGGAACGCAAACAGCAGAUUCUGGCCCUGCGGGAGACAGUGUCCGAACUUCAGGAAGAGCUUCGCAACCACCGUCAUCGAGUCAAAGUCUUAGAACUGCAGAGUGAAGAGAAGAACCGUAAUAAUUCAUCUAUUGAGCAGCGCUUGCACGAGCUGGAGGAUCAUUACGCAGAGGCCACGACCUUGUUGCACAUCCAGGGCUCAUUGAUCUAUGACCUCCAGGCCCAGAUUCAGAACCUUUCCUUGCUGGUGGAAAAAGUCAGGCGUAACCCGGGCUGCAUGAUCAACAUAGUCCGCACCAGCCCAAUGCUCAGUGCACAGGAAGCCCUGCAUCCCGAGGUGCAGCAUGUCAGGAACUGCCCCAUCGACUGUGCCUCCAUCUACUAUAACGGAGUGCGUCGCUCUGGGAUCUACACCGUAGUGCCCUCACUAGGGGCCAUGCCUGUGGAAGUCUACUGCGAUAUGGACGCGGACGGUGGCGGCUGGACUGUGAUCCAGCGUAGGCAAGAUGGCUCCGUGAACUUUGACCGCAGCUGGAAGGAGUAUAAAGAGGGAUUUGGAGACCUGCACACCGAAUACUGGCUGGGCAAUGAACACAUCCAUGACCUGACCAGUCAGGGAGACUAUGCCCUCCGUAUCGACCUGGAGGACUGGAGCGGGAAACACAAACACGCUGUUUAUCAGAGUUUCAGUGUGGAGGACGAGAGCACUCAGUACCGUCUGCAUGUGUCGGGCUUCAGCGGGACAGUGGAGGACUCCUUCAGCUGGUACCAUGACAAGCAGAGCUUUAGUACACCUGACACGGGCAACAUCUGUGCCGAGAUCUCCCACGCUGGCUGGUGGUACAACCAGUGUUUCUACGCAAACCUCAAUGGUAUCUACUACAAGGGCGGCCGCUACUCACUGAAGGGGAAGAACCCUCUUGGUCCAGACGGUAUUGUGUGGUACACCUGGAAAGAUUCCGAUUAUUAUUCUCUAAAGAAGGUCAGCAUGAUGAUCCGACCCAAAACCUUCAGACAGCAUCUGUCACCCUGAAUCAGGCCCAACCAAUGAGCUUGGGCCCGUACGUCAACCAGCCAAUCACAGUUCUCAGAGCCACAGCGACACAGGACGGAUGGAUUCUUCCAUGGUGAAACAGAGGAAAAUCUGUGCAUGGACUGAAUGUCUUCAAGGAGGCUGUGAAACCAUUUUUUAGGUGUAUACCAAAGACUAGAGAAGGACUGCUGCUGAGACAGUAAAAGUCAGUGUUUGCCAUUCAGUAAGUUCUAAUGUGUAUGUUACUUGCCUAUAUUUUAUAUACCCAUGGUUUUAAAAUUUAAAUAAACAUUUUGUUGACUUAUUUUAUAAAUGUGUAUUAAAAGUAGAUUUCAUUUCUGUAGCGUACAGUGUGACCAAAGGCUCUUUUGAUUCCCCCCCCCCCCAAAAAAACCACCCUGAUAAAUAGGAUCAUUGCGUGAUUACAUGAUUAAUAAUGAUACCGUUUAAUCUAAUAUACACUAUCGUUCAAAAUUUGCCAUCAGUAAGAUAUUUUAACGUUUUUGAAAGAAGUCUCUUAGGCUCACUAAGGCUGCAUUUAUUUGACCAAAUAUAAAGUAAAAAUUUUAAUACUAUUACAAUUUAUAACUGUUUUCUAUUUUAAAAUAUAAUUUAUUCCUGUGAUGCAAAGCUGAAUUUUCAGCAUCACUACUUCAGUCUUCAGUGUCACAUGAUCCUUCAGAAAUCAUUCUAAUAAGCCGAUUUGCUGAUCAAGAAACAUUCAUCAAUGUUAUAGUGCUGCUUAAUAUUGUAUUUUUCAGGAUAUUUUAAUAAAUGGAAAGUGAAAUUUCUUAAAUAUCUUACUGACCAAACUUUUCACUGGUAGUAUAUACUUUUAUAAAAUAAAAAAUUUUAAAUAUUCAAAUAUUUUAGAAUUUUUGCAUAAUUAUGUAGAAUACCUGACAUUAUCAAAAAACUUUGAGAGAAAAAGACUUCAGUUUAGUGAUUUUUAGUUUUUCAUGAAGGUUAAAUAAGUGGAGAACCGAUACAAAAAUAUGUAAAAGGGUUUUAUUCGAGGUAAAAAGCCCCCUGAUUAAGGGGACUGUAGGCCUCACGAAAAAAAAGAAGAAGCCAAAAACCAAAGCCAAAAACACUGUAGCACAAAAAAAAAAAAAAAAAAAAAAAUCAUUUUUGAAAUAUGCCUGUAAUAAUAUUGUAGGUUCAUGAUGUACAGUACUGUACUGAAAGCACAAAAUAUAUAGUUUAUGAAAUGCCAAAAGUGAGUGAAAUAAACAGGAAACCCUACAACCUUUGUUAAACUGGUCAUUUUAAAUAUAUACUUAUUUCUGUAUGUUAUUAUACAUUUACCUGCAAAUGAUUUCUGUUCCAAUGUGAAACUAAUAAACUACAAAAUCACACAAAACAUUGGUGUAAUUUGUGCGUGAAGCACAUUCAGACAUAAAACAACGCAUCUUUUGAGACAACCUCAUUCAUAUUCACCAUAAACACGCAGCUGACUCACCGGGCUCCGUUUCCAAACCUUAAGAACCAACUUCGCUGUUAACAAAACAGCCUUCUUAUACAAGCAGAGUCACCAUUUAGGUAGGCAGCGUGCUAGGUUUUGAGACACAGCCUCCAUCUCAAGCUUGUUAUUCAGACUGCAUUCAUUUUCAGACACUCGUACAGAGAAACAAAUCCACCGCAUAGCAUACAAAUCAGUAUUUAUUAAAUCAUAAUCUCAAUUGUUUUGUAAUUCUGUGUGCAAAAGACUUGCAAACACUGCUAUACAUAAAAAAAUAUACGAACAACAUGCAUCAGAUGGAGUAUGAUUUCAUUUUUACAGGAUAAGAAAUUGGUGAUAAUUGCACUGAGGUGGAAGCAUCAAGCUGAGCACGAUCUCUGUUUGUAAUUUGGCUUUGGGGAGA